AUGGUUUGUUCUACUUCUACAAAUGAGAAUGAAGAAGAAGAAUGUGUAGAUUUCAAAGGGAAUCCUGCUGACAUGUCCAAAACAGGUGGAUGGGUUGCAGCUGGACUGAUUUUAGGCACUGAACUUUCAGAGAGAAUCUGUGUGAUAGGAAUAGCAAUGAAUUUAGUAACAUAUCUCCAUGGAUCUUUGCAUCUUUCUUCAUCAAAAUCUGCAAAUAUUGUCUCAAACUUAAUGGGCACUCUCAAUCUUCUUGCCCUUUUUGGAGGAUUCAUAGCAGAUGCUAAAAUCGGUCGUUUCUUAGCCAUCCUUAUCUUUUCAUCUAUUUGUGCUCUCGGUAUGGUGUUACUGACACUAACAACCACCAUCCACCGCCUAAAGCCACCAUCAUGUGACACCUCAGGCGGUUGGAAAUGCAUAGAAGCCACCGGAAGUCAACUGGCUAUGCUCUACAUAGCACUUUACAUGGUAGCACUGGGUGGUGGUGGGAUAAAGUCAAAUGUCUCAGGGUUUGGGUCUGACCAGUUUGACAAGUCAACACCUGAAGAUGAAAAGAAAAUGGUUUACUUUUUCAACAGGUUUUAUUUCUGUGUCACUAUUGGAUCUCUUUUUGCUGUGACUGUAUUGGUUUAUUUACAAGAUAAAAAGGGUUGGGGGGUGGGGUAUGGGGUGUCUGCUGGGACUAUGGGUAUAGCUGUCUUUUUGCUGUUGUGUGGGACCCGGUUUUAUCGGUAUAAAAAACCAAAAGGAAGUCCUUUGAGUGUUAUAUGGAGAGUUGUGUUUUUGGCAUGGAAGAAUAGGAGAUUGUCUUACCCUAAUCAUCCUAGUUUAUUGAAUGGCUAUGAUUCCUCAAAAGUUCCACACACUGAGAAACUCAGGUGCCUUGACAAGGCUGCAAUAAUGGCAAGAAAUGAAGAAAAUGAUGAUUUAUGGAUAGUUUCAAGUGUAACUGAAGUUGAAGAAGUCAAAAUGGUUAUAAACCUAAUCCCAAUAUGGUCAACAGGGAUCCUCUUCUGGACAAUUUACUCUCAGAUGAAUACUUUCACAGUAGAACAAGCAAACAUCAUGAACAGAAAACAUGGAAGAUUCAACAUCCCUCCAGGAUCAUUCUCCUUCUUCCUCUUCAUAUCCAUUCUCCUAUUUACCUCCCUUAACGAAAGGGUAAUUGUUCCUUUUGCUCAAAGGAUCACAAAUUAUCCAAAAGGUCUCACAAGUCUUCAAAGAAUUGGAAUUGGCCUUGUGUUUUCAGUAGCAGGAAUGGUGGCUGCUGCCAUUUGUGAGAUAAGAAGGAAAUCAGACAUGAAAAAUGGUGUCAAAACGAAUGCUUUUUGGUUAGUUCCUCAGUUUUUCUUGGUGGGUGCUGGUGAAGCUUUUGCUUAUGUUGGUCAACUUGAGUUUUUCAUCACAGAAGCACCUGAGCAGAUGAAGUCAAUGAGUACAGGUUUAUUUCAAACUACUUUAGCUAUGGGGUUUUUUGUGAGUAGUUUGUUGGUGUCAUUGACUAACAUGGCAACUCAUGGGAACUGGCUCAAGAACAAUUUGGAUCAAGGGGAGUUGAAUAACUUCUACUGGAUGCUUGCAAUUCUUGGAGUGUUCAACUUUUUCGGGUUUUUAAUCUUGGCAUCUAGACACCAGUAUAAAUCACAGCAUUAUGAAAAGGAGAUUGAGACAAGAAGGAUUGAUGACAUAUAG